ACAAUCGACAUAUCGCCGAAAAUAUGUCUACUCCGUGGAGUAGUUCUCUCUAGCUGCUCAACGCAACUGGACGCACUCCACGAAAAUAUGGAACCAAGAAAUGAAUAUCAACGCACGGCGUCACAGUCGACGGUGGGAUAUUCACCGUUGCCAGAGCCAAAUCGAAGAGAGGCACAACAACCACACCUUCCACAUCAGUAUCAACUGCCUUCCAGCUGUUGUAAUCGGGAUAUGCGAAAUCAGCCACAAUCAAAUGCUUUGGGCGCAGCUGCACUGAUCUUUUUGUCCGGCGGCAUGAACAUUGCCUGGAGCAUUGGCUUUGACAAUCUGGAGGAUGAGCUGGUGAUUUGUUUGCAUGUGCGGGUUGCUUGGUUUAUUGGAGCCAUUUUAGGUGCUCUACUCGCACUUCUUUUGGGCAGACUCUUCUCCUACAAGCUGCUCAUGCAACUCUGCUGUCUGCUCGUCAUCAUUGGUGGCAUCUUGGUGACUGCCACACAACUCGAGGUGCAGGCCAUGUUGGCAGCACGUUACCUGAAUGGCCUGGCAAAUGGCUUGGCAUUGCCAUCCACUUUGGCCAUGGCCGGGGAGUUGGCAGUGUGCUAUAAGCGUGGCACAAUUGCCUCUGUCACGGAACAGAUGUCCUGCACCCUGGGCAUAUUCAUGCAGAUCGUUAUCAGCGUCAGCUGGAGCACCGAGUACGAGCUGAGCGUGGACCAGUUUCAGGGUGUUCUGUGUGCCAUUUAUGGCGGCAUUGCAAUGUGCCUGGCAACCCUGUUCAGCAUUGAGUCGCCGGUGCUGCUGCUGGCCCGAGAUGAGCAGGAGUUGGCUAUCGAUGCACUGAUACGUCUGCAGUAUCCCAGAGCUGUCACGACUGAAACCAACGAGCAGCUGACUGAGCACAGCUCCUAUCUCGCCCACAACAACUCCCUGGGCGUGGCACAGGCCUGGUGUCAGGCGUUGCCCGCGUUGUUGCGCCUCUGCCUGCUGCGCGCUCUCUACGCCAUGAGCACCAGCAUGCUGGUCAUCUUCACCCUGACGGUGACCAGCACCAGCGUCUAUGGCAUCAGCUCAGGUCCCUAUGUGCUCUUCGGUCUGCUGCGUCUGGCGGGCAGCUGCAGUGGCGCCUUCGUGCAGGAUACUCUGGGCCGCAAGUUGACCCAGCUGAUUGGCUUUAUGAUCUGCAGUGGAACUUCCAUUGCCGUGGCUAGCAGAUUCACGGGUGUGGACUUUGUAAGGAUUCCAGACUUGAGAAUGGCAUUGUGGCUGCUCCUAAUCUUCCAGUUCUUUGCGGGCCUUGGCUUUGCACCCAGCUCCGUCUAUCUAUCGGAGGCUUUUCCUCUGUCUGUCAAGCGAACCUGCAUUGCCAUCAUCUAUGUGCUGGAGCUCACUGUACAGAUGUCUGUCUGCAUCGUGGACUUGAGUCUGCACACUGCGACCAUCUACUUUUUUGGCCUUGGCGUAUUCCUAUUGCUGGGCUUCGCAUUUAGCCAUUGGUAUCUGCCAGAGACCAAGUUUCUGACUCUGCGACAGGCGCAGCAAAAGUUUCGGGAAUUCUCGUGAUCAGCCCAGAAGUAGGCACAACCCACAGAAAGACUAUGUACUAACUAACUCUAGCUAUAUUUAGACAUAAAAUUUGCCUGAUUAAAAUAUAUGUAUACUUUAUAGACUUUUAUAUUAAACGACUGAUAAGCCUCUAAUAUCAGCGAGCAUUUGAAA